AUGACGGGCAACACUGUAUGCUCGCAGCGCCUGCCUAAGACAGGGUUGGAGGUUACCCAAAGACAGGUAAAGGCAUUGGGGCCACCUGAAAAAAAAGUAAUGGUGCACCUAAAGAAGAUGAACACUGCUUAUGAUGACUUCGGCAAUUCUGGCCACUUCACCAUCAUUUACAAUCAAGGCUUUGAAAUUGUGUUGAAUGACUACAAGUGGUUUGCCUUUUUUAAGUAUAAACAAGAGGGUAGCCAGGUAAAGAGCUAUUGCCACGAGACAAUGCCUGGAUGGGUGCAUGACGUUCUGGGUCGGAACUGGGCUUGUUUCACCGGAAGAAAGGUGGGAAUGACCUCAGAGAAUGUGAACGUGAACACAGCACAUCCUGACACUCUCCAGGAAAAGUAUUCUAACAGGCUCUAUAAAUAUAACCCCAAUUUUGUGAAUGCCAUUAAUACUAUUCAGAAGUCUUGGACUGCAACCACAUACCCGGAAUAUGAGACUCUAACCCUGAGAGAGAUGAUUAGGAGAAGUGGUGGCCAAAACCGAAGAACCCCAAGAGCCAAACCUGCACCACUGACUGCUGAAAUACAGGAAAAGAGCUCACGUUUGCCAAGGUCUUGGGACUGGAGAGAUGUUCAUGGCACCAAUUUUGUUAGCCCUGUUCGAAAUCAAGAAUCUUGUGGAAGCUGCUACUCAUUCGCAUCUAUGGGUAUGCUGGAAGCAAGAAUCCGAAUCCUAACCAACAAUUCUCAGACUCCAAUCUUAAGUCCUCAGGAGGUUGUGUCUUGCAGCCAGUAUGCACAAGGCUGUGAAGGUGGCUUUCCCUACCUCAUCGCAGGAAAGUAUGCUCAAGAUUUUGGGCUGGUGGAAGAGUCCUGCUUUCCCUACACAGCCACUGAUUCACCAUGCAAACCAAGGGAGGAAUGCAUCAGAUACUACUCUUCUGAGUAUCACUAUGUGGGAGAUUUCUAUGGGGGCUGCAAUGAAGAGCUGAUGAAGCUUGAGCUGGUCCAUCAUGGGCCCCUUGCAGUAGCCUUAGAAGUCUAUGAUGACUUCCUCCACUACCGCAGUGGGAUCUACCACCACACUGGACUGAGAGAUCCUUUCAAUCCCUUUGAGCUAACUAAUCAUGCUGUCCUGCUGGUGGGCUAUGGCACCGAUGAGGCCUCUGGGCUGGAUUACUGGACAGUUAAAAACAGCUGGGGCACCAGCUGGGGUGAGAAUGGUUAUUUCCGGAUCCGCAGAGGAAUUGAUGAGUGUGCAAUUGAGAGCAUAGCAGUGGCAGCCACACCAAUUCCAAAAUUAUAGGGUGUACCUAAUCGUACCUGUGCGCUGGCAGCCAUCAGUCAUGAAAGGGGAUUGAAUUAUUUACAUACUUGAGACUUACAACAGCAAUUUCAGAAGGCUAUGCAUAGAAUCCUAUGAAGAUUUUUGCCUUAAAAUUAAAACUGCUUUUCGUUUAAAUAUGCCUUCCCCUCAACCACUGACCUACUUUUUCUAAGUAGUCAGAGUUUUUACAUAUGAUGGUGAGGGUAAGAUAUACAAGAAUGGACUUUGCUAAUUUGUAAUUCAAACAGAUGUAUUUUUAAAAUCUAUGUGAAAGUACAUACUUGUUUUUAAAAAUUUGUAUAAA